UGCAACAGUCAGGCCCAGUGUCGAUUCAUCGGAAUUUUUAUAUUGCUAAAAAGAGAUCAAAAGAACAAACAAGAAGAUAAAAAAUAAAAAUGAAAGGCACUGGCACUAUUUUUUUCAUUUUGUUUGUGCUCACGGCAAAUCUUCAGAAUGCUGAAAGUAAAAAACUUUCACCUCAGGAAAUGAAGGAGGUUUUGCAACCAUUGACGAAACAUUGUAUUGAGAGAGUAGGGACGGAUCCAAAGAUGAUCGAUGACGCAAUCAAAGGUAAUUUUGCAUCGGAUUGGAGAUUGCAAUGUUUCUUUAAGUGUAUACUGGUAAAUACAAAAAUGAUAAAGGAUGACAAGAUAGUUGAAAAAGCUAUCACAAAUAUCAUAGAAAUAAUGUUAUUAGAGGAACAUGUAGCACCUUACAAGAAAGCGGUUGAACAUUGUAUACCAGCUGUAAAAAAAUUAAAAGGAUGUGCGUUAGCAUAUGAAUUUAUCAAAUGCUGCUACGAUCAGGCGAUUACGGUAAGAUAA